AUGGCUGAAACAACAUCCUUCCUUCUUGGUUGUGGCAUGGCAGUCGGAUUUGGCUGUGGCUUCGGCGGAAUGGGAAUGGGAAUGUAUGGUGGCUAUGGUGGAUUUGGAUUCCCUGGAUACAUGGGCUAUGGAAUGGGAAUGGGUAUGGGUAUGGGUAUGGGUUACGGUGCAUACGGUAUGGGAUACGGUUAUGGUUACGGAUACGGUCUCGGAUGCUGUGGGAAGAAAUAA